UUUAGCCAGCCCAUUGGAGUGACAAUAUUAGGGUAAUAUUAGCUAAAAUAGCUCAAUAUACCUCUUUUCUUGGAGUUGCUCUUAGAGAACAUUAAAGCAUCUAGAAAGGCGCCAGUAAUUUCCCGGUUGUGGAAGAAGAUUACCUGCCAUGGCGAGGGCAAUUAUGGUAACACACAUUGCGAUAAUGACAUUGAUGAUGAUCCAAGCCAAAGCAUGGGACACAAAUCAUGUAUUUGAUCCUUGUUUAGAUGCAAAAGUUCAAAGACAUGAUGGUUUUACCUUCGGUCUUGCUUUCUCGACAAAAGAGUCCUUCAUUUUUAACGAGACUCAGCUUUCACCUUGUGAUCGCCGUCUUCUCCUUGCUGGCAGCACUGCUCAACUUGCCAUGUUCAGGCCUAAGGUGGAUGAGAUUUCUCUCCUAACCCUCAAUGGCACCCAAUUCAAUCCGAAUAUGGCGGGUGGGUAUAUGGUGGCGUUUGCAGGGCGGCAAUAUGCAGCAAGAUCAGUGCCCAUCUUCGUUGCAGAUAUGACAAACACAGUAACUAGCUUUACUCUGGUGCUUGAAUUCCAAAAGGGCACUCUUCAAAACUUGUAUUGGAAGAAGUUUGGGUGUGCCACAUGCACUGGGAAGUCUGUAGUUUGCCUAAACCAUACAGACUGUGCAAUUCCAACUUCAAACUGCAAAGGCAGUGGUAGUGCUGUUGACUGCAACCUAGGCAUACAGUUGGCUUUCUCAGGCACCGACAAGAACGAGGAGGUCCUCAAUUCUUGGUAUGAGGUUGCUAAUCUCCGCCAAUACUCUCUCGUUGCCCUGUACUCCAAUCUACGCGAAACUCUCACCGUCCCAUUUAGCAACCCUUUUUAAGUUUCAAUGUGUGAUUUGUUCAUACACUACGAUAUUGCUUGCCUUCAUGUAAGAACAAAUGCAGUUUUGAUAAAUUUGAGGGAUCAGUUUUAUGUAUGCUUUGUUAAGCAUGUGUUACAUAAAAUUUGGCACUGAUUUGCAUAACUUUCACCACGUUCAAUAGGUCUCUUUGUUAGAACUGUUAAUCGUUGAUCUCCAAUAAAAGUUUAUUUGCUGAUAUCCAAUAAAAAGAUUAUGCUCGUGCA